AUGUUUAAGAAUCGGAAAGAGAAACAUGCUUUAUAUGAGACCAUAGCAGGAGUCCAAGAUAUCAGUACACUACCUGCAACUAGUUUGAACAUAUAUUCAAGUUACAAUCACGGCCUAGAUUCAGGAAAAGAAAACUACACAACUUAUGACAUCUUUGUUGCUCAUGUAUUCAAGAUUUUGCUAACCUACAUCAUUUUUAUUUAUAUGAGGUUGUUUGACAUACAUGAGUUGAUCUUGCAUUCGGUUGAAUUGCUCCGUAUUUUACGUUUGGAUAUUAGAUACUUGAUUCACGACUAUGUUAGGGUUAAAUCACUGCUGUACUUCCAAAACAUGUUGGUUGAGGUUCUGUUCUAUUGGCAUGUUGCAACCUCAAUACCAGGGCUAUUCUGGAGAGUGUUUAACCCAUGGUCUGGUACCCCUAUUGGACUUGACAAAUUUUUGCAACAUAUUCCUAAGACCAAUACACCAUCUUCCAUAGGCUUAGUCUUGCACUACCAUCCACCAUUGUUGAAGCCCCCACCAGAGAUUCCUCAACCAUACUUGGAUUCUGAUAGGAAGAUCCAAGUUCCACAGAAAAAGGAUGUUCAAUACGCAAUUGCAAUUAGAAGCGAGUAUUUUGCCCAGUACCAAGCUCACGUCGCAUCUGAAAGAGUAAGGGUAUUAAGAGAAAUUGGUCGGUUUAUCACCUGGUGUUGCUUGGUUCCUUCUAUUGAGACUUUAACCAUUAUGGAGAAGAAAGCAAUUUGUUGGGAGGAAGAAGCAGAUUUCAUUGAUUCCGUAAAGAAUGCAAUUUUGGUAGAAUUGGUCGCUUUGAGUAAUACUUGUGAACCAGAGGAACUAAGAAAACUCAAGAGGUUAUUACCGCAAAUUGUGGUUGUGAACAAGUUCUCAAAGGGAACCUAUAUGAUAAAUGAGAGCGAGAUUGAAUCACUCGAAACGACACAACAUGAAGUUACUUUGGAAGAUAUAAUCACGUCUUACCAGGAGCAGAGAACACUUACUGUUAAUCUUUGCGAUUCCCGUGUUCGAACCACCAAUUACAAAGUCGUGACAUCAAAAGCGGAGGAUUUGAAAACGGAUGAUCCAGAGUUCAACAACCAGUUUCCACUUACACCUGAGUACAUCAUUACACCAAGAACCACUCGUGGAGUUUACCAUCUGCUUGAGGGUUUUGCCUGUGUCGAUGUAGACCCAAACGUACUGAAUAUGGUGGUGGUUUCCUUUUUGCACCUCAAAUUUGGUUUCCCAUUCUUCUCGAGAUCGCUUUAUCAUUAUGUUUUGGAGAAACCUUAUGCACCGCCAUCCAAGGAUAAACCCCAAGCUAACAGUACCUUCAUGAAUGAGGCUGCUGGAUAG